AUGCUGUUGCUUGGACUCGUACUCGGUCUCAUUGCCAGCUCUCCCUGCACUGCUGCUCCGGUGCAAGACUCCCUUUCCACUGGGUCCACCAGGAACAAGCUGCUGCUCAUCUCCUUCGAUGGCUUCCGCUGGGACUAUGACAGAGAUGUUGAUACCCCUAACCUGGAUAAGAUGGCCUGGGAUGGUGUGAAGGCACUGUAUGCCACUCCAGCUUUCCUCACCAUUACCAGCCCUUCUCACUUCACAAUGCUGACAGGACGCUACAUUGAGAACCACGGAGUAAUCCACAACAUGUGGUUCAACACUACCACUCAGGAGAAGAAGCAGUACUACAUGAGCCAGUUUGUUGAUUCCUACUGGGACAACGGCAGCUUACCCAUCUGGAUAACAGCACAGAGACAGGGCCUCAAAGCAGGCUCUCUGCAUUUCCCUGGCACAGCAGCCACCUAUAAAGGGGAGACUGUCAUGGUUAGACAAGUGGAACCUCGUUUCUAUGGUCAUUCUAAUGAGUCAGAAUGGAGGUUAAACAUCGACAAGGUGAUCGGUGAGUGGUUCCACCAGCAAGACCUGGACUUUGUCUCCUUGUACUUUGGAGAACCAGACCUGAUUGGGCACACAUAUGGACCAGAUUCCCCAGAACGCAAGGAAAUGGUUCGGCAAGUGGAUCGGACUGUGGGCUACAUCCGGGACAAGAUCCAGGACCACGGCCUUACCGAUCGGCUCAACAUUAUUAUGACUGCUGACCACGGGAUGACUACAGUUCUACAGAGUGGACAAGUGGAAGAGAUCAUCCUGUCCAAGAUCCCUGGCUUCAGCUUCCAGGAUAUCCAGUUUCAGUUGUUGGAUUAUGGUCCUCUUGGAAUGCUGCUUCCUAAAGAGGGGAUGCUGGAGAAGGUUUAUCAGGCUCUGAAAGGAAGUCACCCUCACCUUCAUGUGUAUAAAAAAGAGGACAUGCCAGAAAGGCUGCACUACAGUAAACAUCCAAGACUCCUACCCAUCAUCCUCAUCGCUGAUCCUGGAUACAUUGUCAAUGGGUUUUUCCCUGUGCACUUCAACAAAGGAGAGCAUGGAUUCGACAAUGAAGAAAUGGACAUGAAAGCCUUCUUCAGGGCGGUGGGACCUGACUUUCAGCGUGACCUGAUGGUAGGUCCCUUUGAUCUUGUUGACUUGUACCCACUGAUGUGCCACCUGCUGGGGAUAACGCCAGAGAUCCAUGAUGGACACCUGGACAAGUCCAAAGACAUGUUGGGCCCCACAACAACCACAGGAGGAAACAAUGGGAAGAAUACUCACAUGGAGGUGAUGAUUGGUCUUUCAGCAGUGACGGGAUUUCUUGUCCUUGUGUUCAUGUUUACCAUUUCUUACCACAUGUGCAAAGGGAAAAAAGCAUAA